GAACAGCCCAUAAUGGCCGAGGUUCAUAGUUCAUGAGCAGCUUUUAAACUCGGCUUUGCGGUCCCCAGUUGCCCCGAUUUUCGCAUUAUCGGAAAGAAAGCACGACGUCAGGGUAGCUUCAUUGUUUUCUGACAGCUUUAGGGGAUUUUAGAUCCCUUCCUUCGUCAAUUCAACCCUUUUUAUACAGAAUUCACUUCUCUCACCAGAAAUGUAUACAGUUAUUCGAAGUGCAUUCCCCAUUCUGUGCCGCGGUAGCAAUUAAAGUGUUCGAGUGCCCUUUUUAACCAUUCGCCUUUAUCCGCGAAUCUAGGUAGUUCAGCUUGUCGCCUUUGACCUAUCAAUUGCGCUGCGAUCUCUUGUCCUUAAACGUGGUGGCUUCAUCUACCAACGCAUCUUCCGAGUGCGACUUUUCGAGUAAAACGAAUAUACCCUUUUGUUUGUAGGAAAUAGGAUUCUGUCGCCAUGGGCGUGCAAUCGAAACCUGCGCCUCUACCGUCGUGGGGAUAUGCUGUAGCUGGUUCCACGGGUGCUGUCUUAGCUAAUGCCCUGGUAUACCCUCUAGAUAUAGUUAAAACACGAUUGCAAGUUCAAGUUAGACGGAAACCCGAAGACGCUAGCGAACACAGCGACCCUCAUUAUACCUCGACGUGGGAUGCUAUAACGAAGAUUGUCGCUGCAGAUGGAGUCCAAGGGUUAUAUGCGGGUAUAAAUGGCGCCCUGUUGGGUGUUGCUUCUACCAACUUCGCCUACUUUUACUGGUACUCGAUCGUGCGAGAAUUAUACUUCAAGUCGCAGAAAACUCCCGGGCCGCCCUCUACGGCAAUCGAAUUGAUCCUUGGUGCGAUUGCGGGUGCCGUUGCUCAAUUAUGCACAAUUCCGGUGGCCGUGGUUACGACAAGACAACAGACACAGAGCAAGGCGGAUAGGAAGGGUCUCCUAGAUACAGCCCGCGAGGUCAUCCACAGCGAGGAUGGUGUAUUUGGUCUUUGGAGAGGACUUAAGGCUAGUUUGGUUCUGGUCGUUAACCCUGCUAUCACAUACGGCGCAUAUGAAAGGUUAAAGACCACAUUCUUCCCCGGAAAGACUCGUCUGACUGCGGGGGAAGCUUUUCUGCUCGGUGCCACGUCGAAAGCAUUAGCUACCAUUGCUACGCAGCCCCUAAUAGUCGCUAAGGUCGGGUUGCAAUCGAAGCCCCCACCCCAACGUCAGGGAAAGCCAUUCAAAGGUUUUAUCGAAGUGAUGCAAUUCAUCGUUAAGCACGAAGGCUUGUGGAGUCUUUUCAAGGGCAUUGGCCCCCAAAUUAUCAAGGGUUUCCUGGUACAGGGAAUCCUCAUGAUGACUAAGGAACGAAUGGAGUUCCUGUUCAUCCUCUUAUUUAGAUACGUCCGUAAGCUUCGGUCGGAACAUCUCGCUAAGGCGGCCGAACUAGCUUCCAAGGCGAAGCUUCCCAUCCCUAUUACAUCCAAGUAAACUGUCUUCUAGAGGUCAUUUACUACACAGGUAACUCACGAUUACCUCGGCCGGGGGGUUAUAAAUUUAGGGAUAGAUAUACGUGAGUGUUAGACAGGGAUGGUGCGUUUAUAUCGUGAUUUGAGAGUUUGGAGUCCGGACAUAAUUGGUACGAGGGCAAUAGAAUAUCUUGAAGAGAAAUUCUAGAGUAUAUACUACGGCCAUGAAUAUUUUUAUAAGGAUUGAUGUAGCUCGUAUCAAAUAUUAAGAGUUUCGAAGAAAAUCAAUUCUGAUUGUUGAGAAA